UCCGAAGUCCAACCUGUUAGGUUGAAAUCUGACACUGGCGGAGAUCCCUGGGAGCUGAAAAGGAAAGCUAAACCGGGAAGCAGGAAAUGCACAAGCCUCUUUAUGUCGAAAAACAGCUGGGCUCCCUGGGAGAUAGAGCGCCAUGGGAAACCGGCUCUGUUGUGGGGGAAAUUGGGAGCCAAGCAAGAUGCACACUGAAGAGACAGCAGCAAAAGCUACGGCAGAAUAGCACAAAGGACCAUAGAUUAACAGGAUACAUCGGUGAGCAGGUGUUACAGCAGCCUGUAUCCCAGAAGAGGAGUCAAAACCUCACAUCAGAAGAGAGCAACUUACAUUAUGCAGACAUUCAAGUGUUCAGCCAUAUCCAGCCGCGUUCUGCAAGCGAGGUGAAACACCUCCAGUUAGAAAACGCUACAGAAUAUGCAACCCUUUACUUCCCUCAGGCCACACCACGCUAUGACAGCAAGAAUGGGACUCUGGUGUGAGUGUUGGGGAGGAGGCACCAAUUUCCAUCUUAACCACUUCUGCACAGGGAACCUACUGCCUUGAGGAAUUUGGUUGCAUCCUAGGGAUGUUAAGCUGAAAGAACCCAAGGUCACUUGGAAUUGCAGGUGUCCCCAUUCUGUCUCCUAGGCCUCUUAUUUGCCACUGUUAUCUUGGAGUUGUGGUUCGUUAACUAUGUGUGGAUGGAGUUCCACAAAACGAUCCUAGGUGAACACACACACACACACACACACACACACACGAUCCUAGGUGGAGUGUGCUAAAAAGUAGGUCUUUGACCCCCAACAUAGCUUUCGGCUUCUCAAGGGCAGAAGGAACAGGUUGCAGAAAGCACAGCACCUGGGCUUACCGUGUUAGGCUUUAUUUAAUGAUGUCCCUUUUACACACCUUAAAC